AUGAGAGUAUCUUCACUCCUCGCUUGCGUCACCCUCUGGGUUGCCUCUUUGGCCUCAGCGGUAGCCGAGCCUAUCCCUCGUGCUGAUACGUUCAAGAACCCAAUCAUCUACUCCGACUUUCCUGACAAUGAUGUUUUCCUGGGCCCAGACAACAAUUACUACUUCUCCGCGUCCAACUUCCACUUCAGCCCUGGAGCACCCAUCCUCCGGUCCAAAGACCUACUCAACUGGGAUCUCAUCGGCCACUCUAUCCCUCGGCUGACCUUUGGCGAUGGCUACGAUCUUUCUAGUGGCCAGCGUAGCUACCGCGGCGGAACUUGGGCAUCUUCGCUUCGAUACAGAAAAAGCAACGGACAGUGGUACUGGAUCGGCUGCGUGAACUUUUGGAAUACCUGGGUGUUUACCGCCGACAAACCUGAGGGACCUUGGACCAACCGAGGAAACUUGGGCAAUGAAAACUGUUACUACGACAAUGGUAUCCUGAUCGACGACGACGACACUAUGUAUGUCGUUUAUGGUUCAAAUGAUGUCCGGGUGUCUCAGUUGUCCAAGGACGGUUAUAGCCAAGUCAAAACACAACUCGUUCUCAGCAACAAGGAUGCCGGCGUCGACGACCUUGAAGGCAACCGCAUGUACAAGAUCAAUGGGCUCUAUUAUAUCCUUAACGAUAGUCCCAGCAACACGCAAACCUGGAUCUGGAAGUCCAAAAGCCCUUGGGGUCCUUACGAGCGCAAGGUCUUUGUCGACAGGGCCACGCCACCUAUCUCAGGCGGUAACUCGCCUCAUCAGGGUAGUCUCAUCAAGACUCCUCGCGGUGAUUGGUACUUCAUGUCUUUUACCUGGGCCUAUCCAGCCGGACGUCUCCCUGUGCUGGCGCCAGUUAGCUGGGGCAGCGACGGCUUCCCAAUUCUGGUCAAGGGCGACAAUGGUGGCUGGGGGUCUUCGUACCCAACCCUCCCCGGUACCAGCGGGGUCACUAAGAAUUGGACAAGAACUGAUACGUUCGCUGGUACCUCCCUUGCCCCUUCGUGGGAGUGGAACCACAACCCCGACAUCAACUCCUACACUAUCAACAACGGCUUGACACUUCGCACGGCGAGCGUCACUAACGAUAUCUUCCAAGCUAGAAACACUCUCAGCCAUAGAACCCACGGUGACCACCCCGUUGGUACUGUGAAGAUCAACUUUGCCAACAUGAAAGACGGCGACCGCGCAGGUCUGUCAGCGUUCCGUGAUCAAAGUGCCUACAUCGGCAUCCACCGAACAGAUGGAAAGUUUACCCUAGCCACGAAGCACGGGAUGAUCCAGGAUGAAUGGAAUGGUGAGACUAAACAACUGGGAGAAGUGAAGGCCACUGCCGCUGUGCCUUCCGGAAAGACCUCGGUGUGGCUCAGGAUCCAAAUGGACACCGACCCGGCUGGAACUGGAAACACUGUCUUUUCUUACAGUUGGGAUGGAUCUAAGUACGAGACCCUCGGGCCAAACUUCAAGCUCUACAAUGGAUGGGCUUUCUUCAUUGCUUAUCGCUUUGGUAUCUUCAACUAUGCCGAGACGGCCUUGGGAGGAUCGAUCAAGGUUGAGUCUUUCACUGCUGCAUAG